UUCAAUUGAGCAGAAACAAACAGUCCACUCAUCGUCCAUUCAUUUCACACAAACACACAGUCCAAGCAAAGCAAGAACCAAAGAGAAGAACCUGAUUCCACCGCCACCCUCUUUUCUCUCUCUCUUUUCUUCUUCUUCUUCUUCUUCUUCUUCUUCUUCUUCUUCUUCUCAUCGACUCUUUCUCCAUGGGUGUGUGUGUCGUUUAAAUAAUAACGCGUCUUUCUCUUCCGUCAUGCUCUCACAACUCCCCAUGAAGACGCAUAACACCAUUAUAUAACGACAGCAACACCUUUCACGUCAAACGCCAGCACAAGCCCUUCAGUUUCGAUAUCGGUUUCUUUCUGAUUCAUCGCUCAAACAAUGGCCAACUGGGCAGCCCUAGUUCAGAAUUGCGUUUCCAAGAAGCAAAACAAACAACUCACAAGACUCUACUUUCUCACCUUCACCACCUUCCUCUGCACCCUUUUCUACCUCCUAGGCCUCUGGCACCAUUCUCCGCCCUCACUAGCCGCCGUUUCAGCCGGCACACACCUCUCUGACGCCCGCAACUGCCCCGACUCAACAUCAAAACUCCUCUCCAAUUCCAUUUCCAAUUCAACUUUGGAUUUUUCCGCUACCCAUCUCGCUCCCGAUCCCGAGGAGUCGGCGCGUGGGUUCCACGCGCCGCCGUGUGAUCCGACGCUUUCGGAGUACACUCCCUGCGAGGACGUGCAACGGUCGCUGUUGUUCCCUCGCGAGGACUUGAUCUACCGCGAGCGGCACUGUCCCGUGGAGGCUGAGGUGCUGCGGUGUCGGAUUCCGGCGCCGUUCGGAUACCGUGUGCCGCUGCGGUGGCCGGAGAGCCGCGAUGCCGCGUGGUUCGCGAACGUGCCGCACAAGGAGCUGACCGUGGAGAAGAAGAACCAGAACUGGGUCCGGUUCGAGGGAGACCGGUUCAGGUUUCCUGGGGGUGGGACCAUGUUUCCACGUGGCGCAGGUGCGUACAUUGAUGACAUCGGAAAACUCAUUAAUCUAAAAGAUGGGUCCAUCCGAACCGCCUUAGACACUGGCUGUGGGGUUGCAAGUUGGGGAGCAUAUCUUCUGUCACGAGACAUUUUAGCAGUGUCAUUUGCACCAAGAGAUACACACGAAGCUCAAGUUCAAUUUGCUCUUGAACGAGGGGUUCCUGCAUUGAUUGGAGUUCUUGCCUCUAUUAGGCUUCCUUACCCUUCAAGGGCCUUUGACAUGGCACACUGCUCACGUUGCCUCAUUCCCUGGGGCCAGAGAGAGGGAAUUUAUUUGACAGAAGUUGAUCGAGUGCUGCGUCCUGGUGGUUACUGGAUUCUUUCGGGGCCACCGAUAAACUGGCAGAGCCACUGGAAGGGUUGGGAGAGGACUCGUGAGAGUCUCAAUGAGGAACAAGAUACAAUAGAGAAAGUGGCAAAAAGCUUAUGCUGGAAAAAAUUGGUGCAAAAGGGUGACCUUGCCAUAUGGCAGAAGCCCACCAAUCAUAUACAUUGCAAAAUAACAAGAAAAGUCUUCAAGAAUAGACCCUUUUGUAUGGCAAAGGAUCCAGACACAGCAUGGUACACAAAAAUGGAGACCUGCUUGACACCACUGCCAGAGGUGAAUGACGUCAGUGAAGUUAGUGGUGGCAAAUUAUCAAAUUGGCCCGAGAGAUUAACAGCAGUGCCACCAAGGAUUAGUAGUGGAAGCUUGAAGGGAAUUACGGCUGACAUGUUUAAAGAAAACACUGAGUUAUGGAAGAAGAGAGUAGCAUACUACAAGAGCUUGGACUAUCAGCUAGCAGAGCGUGGUAGAUACCGUAAUCUGCUUGAUAUGAAUGCUUUCUUGGGAGGCUUUGCAGCUGCACUGAUUGAUGAUCCUGUGUGGGUCAUGAACACUGUCCCUGUUGAGGCCGAAUUCAACACCCUUGGUGUCAUAUAUGAACGUGGAUUGAUUGGAACCUACCAAAACUGGUGUGAAGCAAUGUCCACAUACCCAAGAACUUACGACUUCAUACACGGUGACUCAGUUUUCAGCCUAUACCAAAACAGGUGUAAAAUGGAGGAGAUUGUUCUUGAGAUGGAUAGAAUUUUGCGGCCACAGGGCAGUGUGAUCCUGCGUGAUGACGUGGAUGUGUUGUUGAAGGUGAAGAAAUUUGCAGAUGCAAUGCAAUGGGAUUCCAGAAUUGCAGACCAUGAAAAGGGGCCUCACCAGAGAGAAAAGAUAUUCUUUGCUGUCAAGCAAUACUGGACUGCUCCAGCUCCAGAACAAAAAUCAACAUAGAAAACUCUAUAUUCCUCUUCUUUCUGGCUUAUCACAUCUGUAAUUUUUUAUUUCAUGUUUACAAUUUUUUUCAGAAUUCUAUUCUUUUCCAACCCCCGCUUCUAUGGGUGGUGUGCAAAGUGGAUUUUUUUUCAUUACACCAAUUAUGUUUUCUUAAGUUUUUCAGUAACUUAUCUAUCAAUCAAAUGAGUGU